GACGCAAAGCUCUGGAUUUCGAGCGCGAGUUUGAGAGAGAGAGAGAGAGAGAGAGAGAGGAGUAUCGAAGGGACGAAGCUUGGAAGACAAGGAGAGGAAGAAGACGGAGGGGGGCAUUUUAGGAAGACGAAGGAGAAGAGAGAGGGAAUUUUAAUUCCCAAACAGGGAGGGCUUCCGCCUCCGCCUCCGGCUCCUCUCCCAUACUCCUCUUCUUCUCCUCCGCUCCCAAACCCAAUCCGUAGUUUUGGGGCUUAAUCUCAAUCUGGGGUGCUGAAAAUUUGAUUUAUUUUUUUUAAGUGUUACGGGAUCCAAUCUCGGGGAAAUGGACUGUUUCGCUGACUAAUUUUCUGCGUAUUUUUGGCGGAAAUCGCGAGAUCUUCUUGUGGUAAUCUUCGUGCCUCGAGGUCCUUUGAUUCGUCUCCUUUGGCAAAUUUCUGAGCUGGUUUCUUUUUUCGAUGUUUUGAUCAUUAUUUUUUUUUGGCUUUUUUGGUAUGAAGCCUUCGUGAGAUCGAUCUGAUUCGAUUGAAAGGUAGCAUUUUUGGCCUUCCGGAUCAGUGAUUCGUCGAUUCUGGGUGGUGGACGCGUCAAAAUACUCGGACAGAUUCGAUUUUUAUGCCUUUUGUUUGCUUUUCUGAUCCAUGAAUUCCAUCAGUAUAGGAGGGUUUUAGAUCUCCUCUCACUAAUAAGUUUGAAAGGAAUCAUUUUUUUAGUCUGGUUGGCGUGUAUUUUUUUUCCUUUGUAGUCCCAUUAGAGGCUCAAACCAUCAGUGUACCGUGUUUCCUUCUCGGAUGGUGGAUUGAUACUUUAGGAGGGAGGAAGGGAAGUUUCGGGGGCUAUCGAUCAGCAAUUUUAAGCCCUCGGUUUGGUUUGGGAGCUGGCGACAUGUUGGACGGCCAGUCCUUCUUGAUCUCGAGAGCAGUGCCGGGCUCCUGUGAGCAAGAAUCCAAGUGGAUUUACAUGACUCAGCACCUCCUUGAGUCCUCAAGCAACAAGCGCCCACCGAGCCAGGAAUCGGAAGAACAAGAGCAAGGUGAUAGGGGCAAGAGGAAGAAGUCACCAGAGUGUCCUGAUACCCCUGAUAUCACAGACACGGAACAUGCCCUCGAUCUGUCUGAUCGCCAGGGCAGCGAUGGAGACUAUGAUGAUGCAAAUUCCUUCAUCAACCCACUCGGAAGGGAUAUCACAAUUAGCUGCCUUCUUCGAUGCUCUCGCUCUGAUUAUGGUGUCAUCGCAUCCCUGAACCAGAGCUUCCGCUCCCUGAUUCGGAGCGGUGUGCUUUAUAAGCUACGACGGCAGAUGGGGAUCACCGAGCACUGGGUCUAUUUCUCCUGCAAUGUCCUUGAAUGGGAGGCAUAUGAUCCCUACCGUGGGCGCUGGAUUGCCAUUCCAAAGAUGCCUCCUAAUGAAUGUUUCAUGUGCUCGGAUAAGGAGUCCCUUGCCGUGGGCACCGAGCUCCUUGUUUUUGGAAAGGAGGUAACUUCCCACAUUGUACUGAGAUAUAGCAUGCUGACUAACUCCUGGUCCCCUGGAAUAGUAAUGAAUUCACCUAGAUGCCUGUUUGGAUCUGCUAGCCUUGGAGAGAAGGCUAUUAUAGCUGGUGGCACCGAUGCUCAGGGUACUAUACUUAGCUCAGCAGAGCUUUACAAUUCUGAGACACAGACUUGGGAGACUCUGCCUGCUAUGAAUCGAGCAAGAAAGUUAUGUUCGGGGGUCUUCAUGGAUGGAAAGUUUUAUGUAAUUGGUGGAAUGGCUAGCAAUACAGAGGUGUUGACUUGCGGGGAAGAGUAUGAUCUGAAUAGACGUUCUUGGACGGUGAUUCCAAAUAUGUCUGCUGGGCUAAAUGGUGCUAGUGGUGCACCCCCACUUGUAGCUGUGGUGAACAAUGAGCUUUAUGCAGCCGAUUAUGCUGAGAAGGAAGUAAGAAAGUAUGACAAGGAGAACAAUGCAUGGAUCACUCUAGGUAAAUUGCCUGAGAGAUCUGUUUCAAUGAACGGUUGGGGGCUUGCCUUCAGGGCAUGUGGCGAGCGGCUAAUUGUGAUUGGCGGACCAAGGGGAUCCAUGGGAGGGACAAUUGAGCUCAAUUCAUGGAUCCCAAAUGAGGGGCCACCAGAGUGGAAUAUCAUUGCCAGCAAGCAGUCGGGGAGUUUUGUCUAUAACUGCGCUGUGAUGGGCUGCUGAUCUGUCUGAUUUAUGACAACUAUACCGUACUUCUCGACAUGAAGGAUUCAAAAGAUUGGCUUUAUUCGAGGGCAUAAAUCACUGAUUGUGCCUAAUGGGUAAUUUCUAUCUUUUUUGGAAUUCCAACUGGACUGAAGAUUCAUUAGAGAUCUCCUGUCUAUGUAACUCUUGAAUUUUAUGCCUUUUUUUUUUCUACAGUCUCAUUUAUUAUGCAUUUGGAAGCCCGCUUGUGACUUCAAAGUUAUGGGACAUGCAUGAGAAUGGUAGAUUAAUAAUUUGACGAGGCUACAUUUUUUUUAGAUUUUCCUGAA